ACGAGCUGAGCUAUCGGCAGAAACGGAGGCGCCCGGUAGACACAUCACCACACUGUUCUCUCUUGUGCCUCUGCGCGCCAUAGGGAGGCUAGCUCUUGAGCUUAAUUCGCCAAUCGACGUCGCCGCCGUCUCGGCCAUGGCGUGGUGGCGCGAGAGGGUGGUCGCGCCGGUGCGCCGGGCGUGGCGGGCCGUGGCGCGGCGGGCGCGCAAGAACAGGAGCACAGGAGUCGUGGACCUACACAGGGACAUCCAGACCUGUGGAUACGACGAUGUUCAGGGUAUUCCAGUGACAGCUGAAGUUGCUGUUCCGGUGGUUCCCCAAGGGGCAAACUCAACUGAUGCAACUCCUCCUGGAGUAACCGGCCUGUCUGGAAUCCCAAACACAGCACCAUUAAGCCUUUUUCCACAGUGGGCUUCUAAUGCUGGAGGUGCAGCUGGUGGUGGAUCACUUGAUUUCCUUAGAAAUAACCAACAGUUUCAAGCACUUCGGGAAAUGGUCCAUACAAACCCACAAAUUUUGCAGCCUAUGCUCCAGGAAUUGGGCAGGGUGGAUCCCCAACUUCUGAGGUUGAUUCAGGAAAAUAGUGACGAGUUCUUUGGGUUACCAAAUGAGAACUUUGACGCAGGCGAUGGGCGGCGGAAGCGACGGAGGGGCAGCGGGGGCGGACGGGCAACGGCGGCGGACAAAUGGGCGGCGGCGGUGGGAUGGGAUUAACCCUAACCGCCCGCCUCCCCAACAACCGCCCCGCCUCCUCAGUCCCUUAACGGGCCGGCCGAAAGGCCCAGGCCCAUCCCGCCCGAAGCCCCUACUGCGCGCGCCCUCCCCACUGGAUAAGGCCAUUUUGCAGAAAAGUCCAGAAAUUUCGGCUAUUUGCGAUUUGGUCCUUGUAUCUAUCUGAAUAGUUGUAUUUUACAUACCUAUAGGUCCCUGCACUUAUGUUUAUUUAGAUUCCAGUGGUUUUUAGGAUAUAUUCCUACUAAAUACAUAUUCUUAUGUAAAUGUCAAUGUAAAUUUUGUCGUGUUCAAUGUGUUUGUAUUAUUUA